GGAAGCUUCAGAAACGCGGGAAAAGUCCAGAGUCGUUCGAAUGUUUUUUGUGCCAGUGCCGCGGAUGCCACUUCGUGUGGUGAGAAAAGUUGCCGUCGAGUUAUGUACGGUGAGAUCGUCCGAGUGACUGCAGGUGACAGCUGGGCUGUCGAUUCGUGGUCACAGCGAGUAGGAAUGCAGUCAGAAACACACUUGGGAUAUAGUCGUCGAUGCAGCUCUUUGUAUCAGCCUUUAAUCACUGAGGAAGGGACCGUGCGGAGGCAGCGCUGGAGCUGUACUGCGCAAAAGGAGUUAUCACCUACGGCCGCUACCACGGCGGUGACCAAGAGCUCGUUUUUCUCCGCAGCCCUUAGGCAGGCGGGAUCGGACUGCCCGUGUAUGAGGUCCGGUCUAAAUUUCACUGAAGUACAUGGUGCUUGCGAAUUGUCACUGACACGACGGAUUGAAAGGUACCCUGCCAGGACUUCAACCAGUAAAUCUCUUCCAGAAUGCAGCGAGGCGAGAGGCUCUCUCCGUGCUGCUGCGGCUGCCCGCUUUCGAGAGAGAUCGAAUUUUACCACAACACGGAUUCAAACACUCUUCCGCGCUUCUACUUUUACGCUUGCGGCAAGUCCAAACAGCAUCCUCUCAAGGGUGGUCCACUGAAGACCACUAAUGCAGACGCCUUCCUCAUCGAUCGUCAAGUCCUCGGUAUUGCCGAUGGGGUCAGCUCAGUCGAGGCCGAAGGCUUCGACCCUUCCCGCCUCCCUGUGGAACUGCUUACUGAGUGCUCCAUAGAGUGUCGCGCCCGCCAGCAAUGUUCCUCUGUCUACGAUGCGGAAUCCGAGAGUAUCUGGACAUCGUGGGACUUGAAAGAGUUCAGUCCUCACCAAUAUCCACUCCACAUUCUUUCUCGAGCGCAUGCGUCCUGUUCAAGCUGGGGCGCUACAACCUGUGUUCUCACGAUACUGGACCAGAGCUACUUGUGGACAGUAAACAUUGGUGAUAGUCAGGCGCUCCUCUUGCGACGAACAAGUACCCCUCCUCGGACAGUUCCGGUGGAUCAAUACACUGAGCACGAAAUGUGCCACAGCUCGAGAAGCAGAAUAGGUGAUCUGUCGCUCUGUGGAGGGUACCAAGUUGUUCACAGAGUCACACCGCAGCAGCACUUCUUUAACUGCCCUUUCCAACUGACGCGGAUGCCAGAUGUGGACUGCUCCUUCGGAGAAGUUCUGCGGCGGACUGCGGAUUCGGCGGAUGUCUCUGGACACGACGUGGAGGCCGGAGAUAUUAUCAUUGUGGGAAGUGACGGGCUCUUUGACAACCUCUUCGACGAGGAUAUUUUGCAAGUCGUCAACGAGCUCUGUUGGCGAACAAGUAAAGCAGGCGAACCGCCAACGACUGAGCCGCAUGUCGUCGCGGAAAAGCUCCUGGAAAUGGCGAUGAUUGCAGCUGGUGGCUGUACGAAUGCAGAAAAAGCGUAUCUGACUCCGUACGCCGAAGGUGCUUUCAUUGAAUUGGGGAAGCGUGUGUACGGAGGAAAACCAGAUGACAUAACUGUCGUUGUUGGCUACAUCAUUGAUCGAGCGGCGCCACGCAGAGGGUCUGCGGGAGAUUCUAACUGUACUAGAGCUGCUGAAAGGCCAGCUCAACGGGAUCAAGCUGGAUCCCAGGAUUCGUGUCCCUACGGGAUCAUGGAUCCGAUUGGAGAGUUGGUUGGCGAGGAAGCUACCAGCUGUAUGCCAAAUGGCCGUGCGCCAAAUCUCUACGGGACCCCUGCUCACCAACGCGGCAUAAGCGACACUGGCUCAAAAUCCAGAGGAAACACCAGCGAAACCACUACCAGUAAAGCGACCAUGCUGUCGUGCCAACGAUUGCCUGGACAAUCUUUGCUCCCGACACCCACAAAGCAAAUAGACUGUCCGUCUUCAAAUGAGACUCACACAACGUUGAAAAACAAAAUGGGUAUGCAAUACGCAUCCCUUGUUGCCGCUGUAGCUUUGUCAAGACGAAGCUUUCCACCCGGCGCAGGGAGGGGAGCCCUAACAGCGGCCCCUGCGUGGGUUGCUUCCGUCCAUUCAGUGCCUGCUGACUUCAGCUCGAAGCCUUGACACUGCUACAAACACCGGAGCAGCAUUGUCGAUCCGAGCAACAUGCGUCCGUUCUUCCACAUCCGUCUCAAUGGCUUCGCAUGUCGAUGGCUGUACCAGUAAGCUUUUUACGUGACAGGACACCGGAUAUGGCAAAAUGACGUGAGGAACAAUGGAUCGGCCUCUUGCACAUUCUCGCAGAAGUGCGAGGUGUGGAAUUUGUUUUCAAUUUUUUUGGGUCCCUCGAGCAUUGAAAUUCUGUUGAGAACUUCGCUACUGCUCAGUGCUUUCUACUAGGUCUAGCCCCUCUCAUUCCGAGCUACGUACACGGGACAAUAAAAUUGAUAAUCCCACUGUCUGUAGCAAGGGGGCAAGCUUAGUUUGCCCGUCGUGUUGGGUGUCCAGAGUUUGUCAAAAUCGCUUGCGGUUGAGGAAAGGUCACGCACCAUCCUCCUAACGGAGUUGUUCACGAGGCGUGGCAUCGCUUUACAGAAUCAUUGUGGUCCAGCACUGGUGUGGCGACUCACAUCCGCUUGCUUAUUCGCAGAUGUAAAGGCAGGUUACGACACGUUGAGUUAACUACUUUCGUUAAGAAGAUCAUCUCAUUUCUUAGAGCAUGUCGUACGCCUCGAUUAUCUCUUCGAGCCCUCCAAUGGAGUCUUGAAUUUCGGACCGAGGAAGUCCGUGUCUCUCGUAGUGGUGAGUGUAGGCGUUGCACGCUAUCAGCGCUCUUGCUUUCCGUAGUCCUCUGCAUCACACGGGAUACAUAAUGAAACAAUUAAUUUUAGUGAGGUUUGAGAAUUUGAUUUCGAACACUCUGGUGAGCGAGGGAAAACUACUACUCUGAUGCUAGUCUGAUCAGUCC